AUGUCUGUAACUCAAGUGGAGGAUGGCUCCCCAUCUUGUAGGAACUGGUCAUCUAACACAGAGCUGAAUGGAACUCAAGAGCCACUGGGGAAUCCCUCUGCAGACUACGAUGAGGAGGAAUUUCUGCGAUAUCUUUGGAGGGAAUAUUUGCAUCCCAAAGAAUAUGAAUGGGUCCUGAUUGCUGGAUAUAUUAUUGUGUUCCUUGUGGCUCUCAUAGGGAACAUUCUGGUUUGUGUUGCAGUCUGGAAAAAUCAUCACAUGAGAACAGUUACCAAUUACUUCAUUGUAAACCUCUCAUUGGCCGAUGUUCUGGUCACCAUCACAUGUCUUCCAGCAACUUUAGUGGUGGAUAUCACAGAGACCUGGUUCCUUGGCGGUAGCCUCUGCAAGGUGAUCCCUUAUUUGCAGACGGUGUCGGUCUCUGUUUCUGUGCUAACCCUCAGCUGCAUCGCGCUGGAUCGAUGGUAUGCAAUUUGUCACCCUUUGAUGUUUAAGAGUACAGCCAAGCGGGCAAGGAACAGCAUCAUCAUUAUCUGGAUUGUGUCCUGCAUUAUAAUGAUUCCCCAGGCGAUUGUCAUGGAAUGCAGCAGCGUGUUCCCUGCAUUAGCCAACAAAACCAUCUUAUUCACUGUUUGUGAUGAGCAUUGGGGAGCUGAGGUCUACCCUAAAAUGUAUCACACAUGUUUUUUCCUGAUAACAUAUAUGGCCCCACUGUGUCUCAUGGUGUUGGCCUAUUUACAGAUAUUUCAAAAGCUUUGGUGCCGACAGAUUCCAGGAACUUCAUCUGUGGUUCAGAGAAAGUGGAAGCCUCUUCAAUCUACAGCACAGAGCCGACGGCUGAGGCCAGCAGCAAAUUUGAGGAUUAGUGCUGUGGCAGCUGAAAUCAAACAGAUUCGAACCAGGAGGAAGACAGCACGUAUGCUCAUGGUGGUUCUCCUGGUUUUUGCCCUCUGUUAUCUCCCAAUUAGCAUUCUCAACAUAUUAAAAAGGGUAUUUGGGAUGUUCGACAAUGCUGAUGACAGAGAAACUGUGUAUGCCUGGUUUACAUUCUCCCAUUGGCUUGUAUAUGCCAAUAGCGCAGCAAACCCAAUUAUUUAUAACUUUCUCAGUGGAAAAUUCAGAGAAGAAUUUAAAGCAGCUUUUUCUUGCUGCUGCUUUGGCAAUAGCCACCACAUGGACAGACGACUAAGAGGACGGACAAGCACAGAAAGUCGGAAAUCUUUGACCACUCAGCUCAGUAAUUCUGAUCAUGUGACAAAGCUGUCAGAGCAUGUUGCAUUGACCAGCAUAAGUACUCUUCUAACAAAUGGCACUGGCUCCAUUCACAGCUAG